AAGGGGCGUAUCCUGCUCCUCGGGGACCACCGAUUGGCUGCAAGGCGCCGGCGCCCGCCUGAGGGCGGUACCGCGGCGCCACCCUAGCCUGAGGUGGCUGCCGGCUUUUGAGAGACGGUCAUGGCAGUUCGGGCUGGCCAGAGAGUGUUUACGAGGGCAGCUUCGGGAUGCAGCGCGAAGCUGGCUCGGAGUCCCGCGCAGAACGUCAGAUACUUAGCUUCCUGUGGUAUACUGAUGAGCAGAACUCUCCCAUUACAUACCUCAAUUUUGCCUAAGGAGAUUCGUGCAAGAACUUUCUUCAAAAUCACUGCACCAUUAAUAAACAAAAGAAAAGAAUAUUCAGAAAGAAGAAUUAUUGGAUAUUCAAUGCAGGAAAUGUAUGAUGUGGUAUCUGGAAUGGAAGAUUACAAGCAUUUUGUUCCUUGGUGCAAAAAGUCAGACAUAAUAUCAAAGAGAUCUGGAUAUUGUAAAACGCGGUUAGAAAUUGGCUUUCCACCUGUACUGGAGCGAUACACAUCAGUAGUGACCUUGGUGAAGCCACAUUUGGUGCAGGCGUCCUGCACGGACGGGAGACUUUUCAAACAUUUGGAAACUGUUUGGCGUUUCAGCCCAGGCCUUCCUGGCUACCCGAGAACUUGCACCUUGGAUUUUUCGAUUUCCUUCGAGUUCCGCUCGCUUCUGCAUUCACAGCUCGCUACCUUGUUCUUCGAUGAGGUGGUGAAGCAGAUGGUGGCUGCCUUUGAGAGGAGAGCGUGCAAACUGUACGGCCCGGAGACCAGCAUCCCGCGGGAGCUGAUGCUGCACCAGGUGCACCACACGUAGGGCAGGCACGGCCAUGUCCCUAGGCUGCUGUGGCAGUGUCUAUAGGAUUCAGUUUAGGAGUUGGAAAGCACUUGUUAAGCCCAGCUAUGAUCAGAAACCUGCUCCACCAAGAACUUGCACAUAGAACAUGGACCCACCCAUACAUGAGAAGUACUUGUUCAAUCAGGUGUGAUUUCCAGGUUCUGCAUUUGCAGCAAUAGGAAUGCCACCACUGCCGUAGAUUACUGAUGUCGUUCUGAGCAGGAAUUAACACUCAUUUAAAAUGCCUUUUAAUUAUCACCUUCCCUGCAAGAAGUUUGCUGAGAUAGUUUAUAUUAACCAUAUCAUGUUUAAGUUAUUAGAUUCAGGAUAUGUGUAACUUAUUGCUGUAGGACUGCCAUAGAGCUUAGGAUAGUUGAAUAAUCAUAUUUUAAGCAAAAACUUCGAUUUAGCUAGGCGUGGUGGCACACGCCUGUCAUCCUAGCUACCUGGGAGGCUGGGGCAGGCGUAUCACCAACGAGGCCAGUGUGGCCACCUCAGUGAGACCCUGCCUUGAAUAAAUUUGAGUGCUAAAAUGCUUGCCUAGGAUCUUCAAAGCCCUGGGUUCAAUCCCCAGAACACGGAGGAAGACAGCUGGUUAAUGAAGGUUCCCUGGCGCUGAUGCUCAGGGAGGCUGGAGCAGGGUGAAUGAGCAGUGAGCCAUGUGCUUUUGUUUCUGUUCUGGUUCUGAGUGGUCCAGAGCGUGGAGCUCUCUUUGGGGGAUGGCAGCCUCUGGGUGCUCGGCUGUCCGUGGGGAUGCUCACCUCAUGUGGCAUCUGGUCCCCGAGGAGGCCUCGACAGAGAGGAGCGUUGGCCUUCUCCCUGCACAGUGCAGCCCCUUUCCUAUUUAUUGUGUGUACCCACUUUCCAUAAUGUAUCCCAGACUGAUGUUUUUUAAAGAAAUCAAUGUAAGAACUGAAGUAGUAACUUAAUAAAGUUAAUUUGUUUA